ACAUACCAAGAAAUAACAGAGUAAAAAAGCAUAAAAGAAGAAAAGGAAUGGCUAGUAUGGCUGAGAAAUGGGAGCAACUUAGUGGCAAAAAUAAUUGGGAAGGGCUAUUAAACCCGUUGGAUCUUGAUCUUCGUAAAUAUAUUAUUCAAUAUGGAGAAAAGGCUGAAGUAACUUAUGACACCUUCAUUUCGGAGACAGCAUCCAAAUAUGCCGGAGCUAGCAGAUAUUCCAUGGAAAACCUUUUUGCCAAGGUUGGACUUGACCCAUUGAAAUAUCGCGUAACCAAAUAUUUUUAUGCAACUUCAUCCAUUCCCCUUCCUAGUGCUUUCCUUGUAAAAUCAUUGUCAAGAGAAGCAUGGAAUAAGGAAUCAAAUUUUAUGGGAUAUAUUGCUGUGGCUACUGAUGAGGGUAAAGUUGCACUGGGAAGGAGGGAUAUUGUAAUUGCUUGGCGAGGAACAAUUCAGACACUGGAGUGGGUUAAUGACCUUGAAUUUUUACUUAUCCCAGGACCCAAAGUAUUUGGUGAUGGGGGUUUACUUCCUUUGUUUAAGCCAUUGGUGCAUCAUGGCUUCUACAAUAUUUAUACAACAGAAAAUCCACGUUCAAAGUUUAAUCAGUAUAGUGUCCGAGAUCAGGUUCUUGAAGAAGUGAAAAGACUGGUUGAGGAAUAUAAGAAUGAAGAGGUGAGCAUAACAGUAACCGGACAUAGCCUAGGUGCAUCACUUGCAACCCUAAAUGCAGUGGACAUAGCUUUCAAUGGAAUCAACAAAACAAGCAGUGGCAAGGAGUUUCCAGUGACAGCUUUUGUAUUCGCAAGUCCUAAAGUUGGGGAUCUCAAUUUUCAUAAGGCCUUUUCCAAACUGAAAAAUCUUCAUAUCUUGAGAAUUCAUAACUUAUUGGAUAUUGUUCCGAAAUACCCACCGCUUGGCUAUAUAGAUGUAGGAGAGGAACUAAUAAUUGACACCACAAAAUCUCCAUAUUUAAAGCUUCCUGGAGAUGUGCUCACUUGGCAUAAUUUGGAGUGUUAUAUGCAUGGAGUUGCAGGAACUCAAGGUUUAGGACUUUUAGUAGGUUUUAAACUAGAGGUGAAUCGUGAUAUCGCACUUGCCAACAAAUCUUCAAGUGCAUUGAAAGAUGAAUACUGUAUACCUGCUAAUUGGUGGACUGAGAAGCACAAGGGAAUGGUUCAACAAGAAGAUGGAACUUGGCUUCUCUUGGAUCGUGAGGACUAUGAUUUAGUGAAAGAGAUAUGAUUUUAUAUGUGCUGUUUUAAUUUAUUUCUUUAUGUAAUGUUUAAAUAAAGGGUUUCCGCCAGCACAUCAUAUGCUAUAUAUAUAUAUAU